AUGAUCAUCUUAUUUCUACAAAUUACUUUUUACACUAUUCUGGUUUCAGGUUCCUCUCUGAGUGACCAAGUCCACCAGACUCCAGCUCACAUGUACAAAAAACCAGGAGAACAAGUCAAUAUCAGCUGUUCACACAGUAUUCAGAGCUACAAUCGAAUCCUCUGGUACAAACAAUUAAAGGACAGACGACAGCUGGACUUUUUGGGAUACAUGAUGGGAGACAGUGGAUUACCAGAGACUGGAUCUGGUGUGAAUAUCACAGGGAGUGCAAAUAAAGACCAAAACUGUACAUUAACAGUUGAAGGACUGAAGCUGAACAGCAGUGCAGUUUACUUCUGUGCUGCUAGGAUUCAGUGUGACACUGGAGCUGAAGCUUACUUUGGAAAGGGAACAAAACUCACAGUCUUGGAACCAGACCAUCCUAUCACUAAACCAACAGUGAAAGUGCUUCCACCAUCGCUACAAGAGUGUCGAAACUCAAAAGACAGCGAAAGGAAGAAGACCUUAGUUUGUGUGGCCUCUGGUUUCUACCCAGACCAUGUCAGUGUUAAAUGGAAGAUCGGUGAGACAGAGACCACCGAGGGUGUGGCGACGGACAACGCUGCCCUGCGAAAAGGAAAGACCUACAGCAUCACCAGCAGGCUGAGGGUUUCUGCUGAGAAAUGGUUCAAUCCUGACAAUAAGUUCACCUGCAUUGUCACCUUCUACAACCAGGCAGACAGUUAUGAAGAUUUUCCUGAUGAAAUUCGAGGCGUAGAAGCUGAAGGGGAGGGGAUGACAAGAGAGAAAUAUUUGAAGGGCACACAGAGACUCAAACUCUCCUACGGUGUUUUCAUCGCCAAGAGCUGCGUCUAUGGAGCUUUUGUUGUGUUUCUGGUGUGGAAGCUUCAGGGAAAACACAACAAAUGAGAGCUGAGCUGAAGCCUGAACUUCAGAGGUCGAUUCUAUAUGUUUCUGUAAAUAAAGACUGAAGUUACAUAUUGACUUUGUUGUAUGUUGCAAAGUAUUGGCUUUCAAUAUUCAGAUGAAUUAUUCCUGCACACAUGUAGAGGAACAGUCUUAUGCAUAUUUUUGUUACAAUGUCAAAGCUAUAACUGGCAUACAAAUACUUUGGCAUCAAGGUUUUAUAUUUGCUUCUAUAAUGUGUGUUAGUGUGUAGUUGUAAGCUGAUGUUUGCUACAUUUUCUUUCAAUAAA